AUGAAUGGAAUGAAAGGCCCGUCAAAUAGUCCCCUAGAUAGUUCUCCAACAAGGUCUUUAUUUGUAUUUACUGAAAAAUCUGGUUUAAGCCCUGUUUUAACUCUCUAUUUUCGCGUUUGCAGGUAUACCACCGAUAUCAUGGUAUUUUGUUUCGUUCUAGGAGAAGUUCCUGCUAUAGAGAACCAUUUUGUGGUCGAUAUUACCGAUAAAAUCAAAAAUAUUUCGCAUCUUCAAAAUGCUAUUAAGGAGGUGAAGAAACCUCAUUUGAACAAUUUCGCUCUGAAUGAUCUUAAAUUGUGGAAAGUUUAUAUUCCUAUUAAUGAAAAUGAAGCUAAGAUGAAUAUUCUUGAUAAACAACCUCAAGAAGUUGAUAUUGAACGAGAUCUCGAAGGCCAAAAGCUUAUUCCAUCAGAUGAUGUUCCAAAAGACUUCUCGCUUAAAAACUCAAGACUAGGAGGUCUCGGAGGAACAGUUUACUCAGGACAAGAAAAUGGUUCUUUCUAUGAAGGCGUCGACCUUACUAGUGCUACCACAUGUAAAAGAGAAUCGACUAUUAAUAGACUGCUCGAGUGUCUGUUUAAAGAACGCAUUAUCCUAAUUCGGUCACCUUCAAUGACUGGGAAGACAUCCCUCAAACAACUACUUGAGACUAGGCAGGCGAAUCAAGAACCUCAUCACGGUGGAAAUGCAUUUUGGAAUGCAUUUAAGCGCAUAAUGCAAACCUUACAGCUUUUCAUUAUAGCGUUGGCCUCAUAUGGGCACUAUGGUGCUUAUGCCACUCGUGGAGUCCACUCAGUCAUGGACAUUUCACCAGUUAAUAAUCUUACUAUGAAAAACAAAUGGGGAUAUAAAGAUAUUUGCUAUACCAAAGAAGAAUUUGAAGUUUAUUUUAACCAAUUUUGUGAAGUACAUCUUAAAGAAAAGUUGGCUAUUCGUGCAUAUUAUCCAGCUACUGAUUUUUCAGACGAAGAAAGAGCGAUUGUUGAUGCCUUCACGUAUUGCGCUACUCGAUUUUCCGGCACCAUUGCUCUGAGUAACAUACCUUCAAAAUCGUUUUGUGGAAUGAAACCUCCAAAACUAGGAGAACGUAAAAAACAGGACAUAUAUGUUAUCUGUGCCGAAAACUUUGAAUCUGUCCGGUUGAUAUAUCCUGAUAGAGAAGAAUCUGUUCGAUUAUUAGGUGAUGAAGAAAAUUUGCUUGGAUAUAAUAUCUCGGACUUUACAGAUGAUUCAAUGGAAACUGAUUAA